AUGCGUAUUGCUGGAGAUGCGCCCACAGAUGAUAUUCUGAUAGAUUUAUCCACCGAAGACGCCCUUGUCCUCCUAGGUUCAAUUGAAGAUCUCUCCACUGAAGAAGCUCUCGUCCUUCUAGGCGAUUCAAUGAGGGAUUUGUCUACUGAAGACGCUCUGGUUCUUCUAGGUGAUUCAAUGAGGGAUUUGUCUACAGAAGACGUUCUGGUUCUUCUAGGUGAUUCAGUGAGCGACUUGUCUACAGAAGAAGCUCUAGUUCUUCUCGUUUCAAAAUCACCAUGGCCAGUCACCACUUCAUCCCGGUUUAGUGGUGAUUUCAUUCGGUGUCGCGAAAUGUCGCUGCCAGUGUCUCAAUACGAGGCGCUGUUGGCUGAGGUACGCGGCUUAAGGCGCAAGGCUCAGCGGGUGCAACAACUUGCCAGGCCUCUGGUCGAGGGGGACUCACAAGUUGAAGGUGCCGCAUCAUCUUCAACAACUGCAAGCUGUAGACAUCAUCAGGUAGGUGCCGUUUAUAUUUAUUUAUAUGGACAUUCGGUAGAUUCAAUGAUAAUAUCGGUACGAGGAAAAAAUUAG